AUGGACGACUAUUUGUUUCGCCAAUACGUCAAUGAGUGCCGUGUGGUGCAUGAGGAGACGAAAUAUCUGGAAAUCUUCAACUACUCUGACCCUGUUCAUAAUUCCUGCGAGGAGCAUCCUCUCACACCAGAUGAAUUUGACAAUUUCCUCCAGCAAAGGGGAGCUUUUACGCCGCCGGAAUUGCGUCUCGGAACAGUCCUCUUGAGUGGCAUUCGACUAGUCGUCCAAACCGAGGCCAAGGACAAGGAUACCUUUAUGCCCAAAGUCCUGUCCCUACCCAAGGAUGUGUACGAGCAAAUGGUCCGGGUUCUCCGUCUGCCCUUUCGCGGCAUCGAAACCACAUCUGUCGUUGGGCCGUUCUUCUGGACCUCGUACGACCACGACGAUGCCGAUCCCCAUCUUCACAUUCUGCAUCGCAAGUCCGACGUCCGCAAAAAGGGCCGGACGCGCGGUUGGGAGAUGAUGCUGUCGCACCGCUUCUCGACGGGCGUGACGUCGGGCUUCGUCAAGGGCACGCCAUCGUCCGACAUCGUCGCGGCACUGCGGCAUCUGCGGGCGUGCGCCGCCCAGGCCGGACACCCGCUGCUGCUGCCCACCAUCAUCCUCGCGCACGACCUGGCGCCGGCCAACGACCAGAAGCAGCGCGACGCGCGCGACUGGCUGCGGCGCCUCGAGCACGCCGUCAGCCUGCGCGACGAGGUCGAGGCCGAGGAGCAGUACUUCCAAAACGGCCGCCUCGAGGUGGACGGGCUCAACCGCGACCUGGUCGAGUGCCACUCGAACGUGCUGUGGAAGCGGCCGCAGGCGUACAUGGCGCUGACGCUCGAGAUGGAAAAGGCCAUGGGCCUCUUCAAGAACAUGUACGAGGCGCGCCGGCGGAUGGCGGCGGAAGACGAGGCCGGGGCCGGGGCCGAGGCGGCGAGGAAGGCGAGGGAGACGCAGAGAAGGGAGCUGGACAAGCUGCACCGGUCCAUGCUGGCGCGCAUGGACUUUUACAAGGUCAAGCUGACGGGCUUGGAGAAUUACAUCCACACGACGUUGCAGAGACUCAAGGUGCAGAGAGAAGCGCUAUACAACAUCAUGUCGCAGCGCGAGGCUCGUCUCAACCUCGAAAUCGCCGGAGAGCAGCGCCGCAUCGCCCAUGCCAGCAAGCGCGACAGCACCGCCAUGAAGACGAUUUCCCUGCUCGGCACGCUCUUCCUCCCGGGCACCUUUCUGGCCUCUGUGUUUAGCAUGACGUUUUUCAACUUUCAGUCCAACGCCGAGCCCGUCAUCUCGGACAAGCUCUGGGUCUACUUUCUCCUCACCAUCCCCAUCACAGGCGCCAUUGUGGGCAUCUGGAUCUGGUAUGACCGCCGCAAGGAGGCGCAGUACGCCCGCGACGACGAGGACCUGGAAAAGGACAUUAACAAGAUGGAGCACGACAUCAUGAUGAAUCUGCGCAGGCGGACCAUGAGCAAGAACCACACCUGGAACACCAUCAGUCCGCCGCCGCGGUGA